AUGAAGUACAUUAUUGAGCAUAUGGAGGAAGGAUUCAGUGAAUGGGUCAUUUUAGAGUACAGCCAAAUCUUAAGAGAAGUGGGAGCUGAAAACUUGAUUUUGUCGUCCUUGCCAGAGAGAACAACGGAAAAGGACAUUCCGCAGAAACUACUAAAACUUGGUUUAAGAUGGACAACAAAGGAUUUGAAGGGUAUUAAUGAAGAUUUCAAAGAUUUGGAACUUUUAAAAGAUGGCAGAGUUUGCCUGUUGGACCCCAGGGCUAAGAUCGAUUUACAGCCUGAGGAUGCUGCAAAAUUCGACUAUUUUGUAUUUGGUGGUAUAUUAGGAGAUCACCCUCCAAGAGAUCGUACCAAAGAACUAAAGACUACCUAUCCGAAUCUGCUAAUUAGCAGGAGACUAGGUGAUAAGCAAAUGACUACAGAUACUGCCAUAAGAACAACACAGCUGAUUAUUGAAGACGGAAUUGAGUUUGAGGACAUCAAGUUCAUUGACUACCCUGAAUUUAGGUUUAAUAAAAAUGAGGCCACAGAAAUGCCAUUCAGAUACGUUCUUGAUAAAGAAGGUAAACCAAUCUUGCCUGAAGGGAUGUUGGAUUUGAUUAAGAAGGAUUCUGCUCAAAGUUUGGAUGAUCUAUUGAUCUAG